UAAUUCAAGACACCUGCGCCGAUUCAAGAAUAAGAGAUAAAGGUUCCUUCUCAGCUUACGAUAUGAAGCUCAUUCUAUCAACCUCAAAUAUAAUGUCGGGUGGUUUGUCUGUGAUACGGCGGCCUACUUUUGAGAAGUCAAAUACCGAACUCACCUCCUCCCUACACGCAAAUUUCGCGUCCCACCAAUCCAUCAUUCCUCCCUCCACCCCCGCGAAUGGUGCAUCCACGCCCAAGCCGAGCUACAGAUCCUGGACUGUGCAGCAAGACGGCGCGCUAUGGAUACCCACGCAUACCUCCUCACCUCUUACCGAACCUCGCGAGUCGUACGAUAUUACUUUGAAGCUGUUCUAUCUACCGAAUAUACCUGCGGAUCGACGAUGUGUCCAAACAAGAGAGGCCAUACAGCUGGUGUUGAAAGAGUUGGGCGCAUCCUCCAUAGAUCUGCUCAUCGUGAGCUUUCCGGGUAUGUCGUUCGACGCCGAUGACGACGAUUCAGACCUCGAUGACCCACCUUCCGCCCCAGACUCUGAGCACGAUCACGACCUACAUGGCACAGAAGGCGCUCCAGAAGACAUCGAUACUAUAAUCACAACAUGGCGUACUCUAGAGAAACUGCACGCAGAAGGCUUGGUAUCGAAGCUAGGCAUCGCUGAAUUUGGCGUCAGUAGGCUUGAGAAGUUUCUGCCGCAGAUUGACGUCAAGCCAAGUGUCAACCAAAUCAACGUGCGCGAUUGUUGUGUAGUCCCCAAGCCUCUCAUCUUGUACGCAAAGCAACAGAACAUCGAGCUGCUCACACACAACGAUUGUACAAAUGUAUUGCCGCGAGGCACGCUAAGAGAGAUCCUUGGGUCGGGUGAGAAAGGAGUGGGUAUUCUCGCAGGCGAAAAUGAUAGCAGUGGAGACGAGUUGAGAGGUGAUGUCGAGCCGCAAUGGGUAGUAAAGUACACUGCGGUCGUCAAAGAUCGAGGCGUGGUGGAGAGCAAAGGGUACUUCGCUGUUGCAGAGCUGCGGGACUGA